AUGCCGGCGAUCCAGCUGCUCAGCGUGUGGACCGAGGCCCGUAAGGCGUCCCGACGGCUACAAGUUUCGUGGUCCCUGGGGCCGGACCACGUCACCAUCACCUGCGGCGACGCAACGUUUCCUUCAACACGAAGGAACCGGGUCAUGCGGACGCUACGAGAAGUGCUAGCCCACGUCCGGGACAACGCCCUCCACGACCAGCCAAACCAGGGGAAGGUGAUGGGCUGCGUCUCGGCGGAACGUGCGAGCUCCCACUUCAUCACCACAGGAACAUUGACGCACUUCGCCGACUGGCGGUUUAUCCACCGGGCGCGCCUCAGCCUGCUACCCCUGAAUGGCGCCGUCAUGUGGGGCCCACCUGACCGAGACCAGCGCUGCCGGGCGCGGCACAACGCGGUGGUCUCGCGCCUUCGCACGGCCGCUGCCCGUGACUACACGGUGGCGUUCGAGAACCGGCCAGUCGGCGACACUGGAUUGCGUCCUGAUCUUGUCUUGGUUCGCGGGGAAGAGGCCCUGUUGAUCGACGUGGCUUGCCCGUUCGAGAACACACUGGAGGCCUUUACCAACACGCGAAACGACAAGCUCGGUCGCUACCAACCCGUCGCCGACUACCUGCGUCGCCACUACCAGAGAGUAACGGUGGCCGCCGUCAUCGUCGGGGCUCUCGGCGCUUGGGACCCGGCCAACGACUGCGUCCUCCUGUGCCUGUGCUCCCGCAGCUACCUGUGUCUAAUGAAAAACUCUGCGUGA